UAUGAUAAUUCGGUCCCCUCGUCGCAGAAGCACUAGCGUCAAGAUUAGUGAAACCACGUGAUUAAUAUCCCGACAAAAACAAAAAAGUUCCGGGAAUGUAUCAUGUAUCCACACCUCGUCCUACCCCUCACUUCUAUUUUACUCCGUAUACAAUUGGUUGUUAGCCUCACCAGCUUACAACGAUUGAACCAUUGCUUCAAUAAUAAGACAACCUCUUCACACCUAUAAUCCUUUCGCCGUUCAUUUAUUCACGUACGGAGGAUAAAACGCAUAGGCAUAUCUGCUGAAUUCAAAGUCGAUUCAUGAAUUCAUUUCUAAAAAUGACCAGCGCUAAGGAUCCACCUAAGCAUUUCUCAGAUCUUCCUGCUGAGGUUCGCUGUUUGAUCUGGAAAUAUUGUUUACCGGGAGAGAGGAUACUUCCUUUCAGAAUCCAGAAAUUAUCGUGGGAUAGAAGUAGACUCGCUCUCAUACGUUGUUUUAAAAAUCUCCCUCCGCCAAAACUCCUACAUGUCUGCCAAGAAUCACGAAAAGAGGCAUCGCGAUUUUAUCGUCAAGGAUCUUGGGGAAGGCUAGAUUAUCAUGGUCAAGUCGCUAGUGGAUGGUGGGAUCCAUCGAUGGAUAUCAUUUAUGUUCCAUAUUGGCUUCCAAACAACCCUCCAUCACCUCCAGGGACCAUAAUCAGUACCGAUGAUGCGAAAAGUGCAAACUUGAAUCUUCUUCGCGAGAGUCUAUAUUUCCAAGACCGCCUGACAGCCAUACAGCAUCUUGCACUCUCAACUAAGAGCGCAUCAAUUCGAUGGCAAUGGGAGGAUUGUAUGAAAAUUGGUGAAGCUUGGGACUGGUCACAUAUGGCGGGCUGGCUAUGCCAAUUCCCGCUUUUGAAGACCUUUACAUUGGUUGUCGAUUAUACGACAUAUCGUUAUAGUGCACAGGGGCCUCGAUGGGUUGAUCAUCCGGACUUUGCGAUUGAAGGAAGAUGGCGGGAUCAUCCGUCAAGAUGGGAUAUGGCACCGGCGAGGAUCAUCUCCGCGUUCGAACAUCGUUUUGACCUUAUCAAGCCUGGGAAGACUGAUUCAAAUUGGAAGCCUCCGCGGGUGAGAAUUGUGCUAGAUGAGGAGGAUUGGGAGGAAUGUCAUAGACGUGAGGAGCGUUACCGGAGAAGGAAUCCAGGAUCAUAUGAUUAAGAAUUGAAGUAGCUGUUGGGUUGGCGAUAUUAUAAAGAGGCGAUGAAAUGAAUGAUGUAUUGAAAUUUCCUUGGAAGUUUUUUGAAUAUUUGUUUUAUUUUAAUUAACUCUUCUUUUCUUUUUUCAGAGAUAAUUUUAUAAUAAUUUAGAUUUUCAGAUGAUAGUAAUCAGAGUA